AUGGCUCGGAUUGGCCACGUCAGGUUGGAGAGGCGGCUUGCCUGGCUCCUGGCGUCCAUGGCUGCAAGCAUCAUCUGGUUCGUUGUGUAUAACUACCACGGCGGCGGCUCACAUCUCGGCUGGGGCGGCAGCCCGCAAGACAUGCAGCUACCGCUGGCCGUUGCCGGACCGGAAAGCGCCGGCCGGGGCCCGGCCAGCCAAGCAGGCGCUGCUCGCCUGCCGGCAUGGAUCGAGACGCCAAAGGUGUUCGACGUCGCUGAGAUCCCCGACUACGUGCCGCCGCCUUUCUCGCUGGGCACGCCCAUUGAGCUUUACCCGCAGCUCGCACAGGCCGUGGACAGGUUUCUCUCAAGGCCCGUCCUCACACACGAGCAGGCCUCGAAGCAGAACCAGGCCGCCUGCCCCUCCGAGCAGGCCGGCGCCCAGGUCAACGCGGACCAGCUCGGAAACGACCGCCAGAAAUGGCUCGCUGUCGGCCCCGACACAAUCGAACGCAUGCGCAGGGGCGCCCUCGACUAUCUCGAGCAGCACACCGCCGCCGAGGGGGAGGCUGCCCUCGUGGGCCCCGGCCUCCGCCUGGACGGGAGCCCCGUCCGGCAGGGCUCCCGCGGCAUCGUGUUUGCCGCAGGGAACCACAGGACCGUGGACAGGGCCAUAGGGUGUAUCAAGGAGCUCCAGAAGCUCGGGUGGCACCGUGGCGACAUAGAGGUCUUCCACUUUGAGGAUGAGCUGACCGACGACGGCCAAAGACAGCAGCUGAGAGACCUCGGGGCGACCCCCCACGCGGUCUCCACCAGGAAAGCCCCCGGCCGGUGGAAGAACUUUGAGCUCAAGGCCGAGGCCAUCCUCCGCAGCUCCUUUGACGAGGUGCUCUAUCUGGACUCGGACAACUAUCCCCUGUCCCACGUGGGCGCGCUCUUCGAUUCGCCCCUCUUCUCCUCCGAGAGAGGCGGGCGGGCUGUCUUCUGGCCUGACCUGAAUCGUGACCACCCAGACAAUGCCAUCCACCGCCUGCUCGGUAUCCCUUGCCAUGACGCCUGGGAGCUUGACAGUGGCCAGAUUUUGAUCUCAAAGUCCGGCAACGACGGGCUGAACCUUGCUGCCUUGUAUCUGGCCCAGUACAUGGCCGAGGAGGGCGAUUUCUGGUUCAGCGGUGGUGACAAGGACACGUUUCGCUAUGCCUUCCUGGCUCUUGGUCUGACCUACACGCCGGCCCCGCGCUGGCUCUCACUACUGGGCAACCGCGACCCCAGGGGCGACUUUUGUGGUGCUGCCAUGCUUCAAUAUGGUCUUGAUCCGCCCAGAGACGGGCAUGCUGAUCCGGCCGACCCGUCGCACCCAGAACCGCUGUUCGUGCACGCCAACCUGCUCAAGCACAUGAGUGGGGUGCGUCCCGGUGGCGUGUUCCCCCUGUUCAGACGCCUGGUCCCGGGCCAGGACAGUGUUCGCACCGACCAUCUCCCAGCUACAGCCCUUCAUAGUGUCGCCGGCGGCGGAACCGACGUAGUGGGCAGGGGCCUGUGCAGCGACAUCGUCGCAUUCCGAGGCGGGGCCGACAUAGAAACAGCUGAUACCAGAGCGCUCUUUGGAGGUAUGAUGAAGGAUUUUGAGGAGCGAUUCUUCAGUUAUGGCGCCCUUCCCGGUCUCUGGCGCUACUAG